UUUGAGGUCAUGUAUAUGUUCUUUCUUCUGGGCUAUCGUCUAAUGGGAUUACCAAUUGACAUAGAUCGGAAAGAAAUUAUUGCCGAGAACACGUACAUUCUGACUCUGGACGGAGAUAUCGAUUUUCGACCGGCCGCCGUUAAAGUUCUAUUGGAUCUGAUGAAAAAGGAUCGAGAUCUUGGUGCAGCAUGCGGUCGAAUACAUCCAGUUGGAUCAGGUCCAAUGGUUUGGUUCCAAAAAUUCGAAUAUGCUAUUGGUCAUUGGCUACAGAAAUCUACGGAACAUACUAUCGGCUGUGUUCUGUGUAGUCCUGGUUGUUUCUCGCUCUUUAGAGCAAAAGCAUUAAAACAACCUAAUGUGAUUGCGAAAUAUGCUACCAAGUCUACUGAAGCUAGACAUUACAUUCAAUACGAUCAAGGUGAGGAUCGAUGGCUCUGUACAUUGCUUCUUCAAGUGGGUUCCCGGGUCGAAUAUUCUGCAGCGAGUGAUGCAUAUACGCAUGCACCAGAACUCUUUAAAGAUUUUUAUAUACAACGACGCAGGUGGAUUCCUUCCACUGUCGCGAAUAUAUUCGACUUAUUGAUGACUGCUAAAGAAACAAGGAAAGUGAAUAAUGAUAUCUCAUGGUUAUACAUCGUUUAUCAAUGGUUUUUAAUGGGGAGUACAAUCCUGGGACCUGGUACGAUAUUUUUGAUGUUAGUUGGUGCGUUUGUCGCCGCAUUUCAUAUUGACAAUUGGACUAGUUUCUGGUAUAAUCUAAUCCCAAUUAUCAUAUUUAUUGGAGCUUGUCUCACUUGCAAGGAACGUAUGCAGGUAUGAAAAAAUAUGAAAGAGUUUUAGGAAUUUUAUUAAUAUUUGAAAAAGAACAAUUUAUAUAAUCAAUAAAUGGAAUAGGGAAGUAAAAAGUAAAAAAGAAGAA